GCUGGACUUGGGGACUGUAGCGGCAGAACAGCCGGGAGAAGUUUGCAGGGAGGUGGAACCAAACUUCCCUGCCUGCAACGAGCCGGUGCCGGGGAGGACAGAGGGACAGACACCAGGGCUGCAGCCACCCAGGGAGCCCUUUGAGGUGAGCACCAGCAGCAUCCUGUCCCCUCUGCGCCAUGUCCCUGGUGGUGAAGGAAAAGAACCAUGUGCGCUUGGUCUUCCUGGGUGCUGCCGGCGUGGGUAAGACAUCCCUCAUCCGCCGCUUCCUGAUGGACACCUUCGAGCCCAAGCACCGGCGCACGGUGGAGGAGCUGCACAGCAAGGAGUAUGAGGUGAGCGGGGCCACGGUCAAGGUGGAAAUCCUGGACACCAGUGGCAGUUACUCCUUCCCGGCCAUGAGGAAGCUCUCGAUCCAGAACAGCGAUGCCUUCGCCCUGGUCUACGCCGUAGAUGAUGCCGAGUCCUUUGAGAGCGUCAAGAGCCUGCGGGAGGAGAUCCUGGAGGUGAAGGAAGACAAAUUCCCUCCCAUCGUGGUGGUCGGCAACAAGGCAGAGAGCGGCAGCGAGCGGCAGGUGCCGGUGGAGGAUGCUCUGUCGCUGGUGGAGCUGGACUGGAACAGCCGCUUCGUGGAGACGUCGGCCAAGGACAACGAGAACGUGCUGGAGGUGUUCAUGGAGCUGCUGCAACAAGCCAACCUGCCCGCCCGGCUCAGCCCCGCGCUCUGCAAGAGGAGGGAGACGCUGCCCAAGGAGCAGGCACUGAGGCCUCCCAUGAACAAGACCAACAGCUGCUCCGUGUGCUGAGCCCAGGGCCGGAGGAAGGUGCUGGAGGCAGCAGGACCAGCUGGAACCUCAGGUGGGCUGGGAGGGGAGAGGCCAGAACCAACCAUGCUGCCUCCAACCUCUUCCCUCCCCAUCCCCACCCUGCCCAGCGGGACCGGGGAGAGCUAGAGAUGAGCAGGGACUUGGAAGGGAUGCGGGA